CACAGGUGUUGUUUGCAUUGGGAUUGUCACCCUUGCCCCUUCACAAUUAUAUGUAAUCUGAAGACUUGAUAAAUGCUCAGUGCAAGUACAUUUCCCAUUAACAAAGGAUUGCUUCCGUGCAGGAUUUUAUCUAAAUAUCAUAAGUAUAAGGAACAUGGCACUUGAAAAGCAGGAAAUUGUGGACAUCUUGUAUGGCUUCCAGAAAACACAGAUUCUCUUCUCGGCAGGAGAGCUCGGUGUAUUUGAAGAGCUCACAAAUGGUCCUCUAUCGUCCAAAGCCAUUGCAGCGAAAAUCAAAGCCAAUCCAGAUGCCACAGAGAGACUUCUCAACGCAUGUGUCGGGUUAAAACUUUUGAACAAAACUCUUAAAGAUGGGGAAACGAUCUACAAUAACCCCGAUAGUACAACAAAGUAUCUCACUAAAUCUAGUCCAGACUCUGUCCGAUGGAUGACCAAUCUGAAUGUUGUGUACCCAAUGUGGGGUCAGCUGAAGGACUGCGUGGUUAAAGGCGACCGAGUUAGUAGCGAGGAGUUUUUCAACUACUAUGUCACUCCAACCACACAGCUUGAGUUUAUGAGAAGCAUGCACAUUAUCUGCAGUAUGGACGCUCCUAAACUUGUAAAUGUCUUCGAUCUCAGCUCCUAUUCUGUGGCCUGUGACCUCGGAGGGUCAACUGGAUCACUGGCGAAAGCUCUCGUCAAGGCAUAUCCUACCAUGAAGGUGACAGUAAUGGACAGGUCAGAUGUCGUACAACAGUCAAGAGAUUUCAUGUCAGAAGGAAGAUCGGAAGCUAUAUCUUACAGCGGAGGAGAUUUCUUCGUUGAUGCAUUCCCCGACGCAGACCUCUAUAUUCUCGCACAUACCUUUCAUAAUUGGAGUCCAGAGAAACUCGACGCUUUACUAGACAAAAUAAUGGCAACAAUGAAAUCAGGUGGUGCGCUUCUGGUGUUGGAGAAAUUCUUGGACGAAGACAAAAGUGGCCCAAUGGAGUCUUUACUCCUCGAUAUGGACAUGUUGCUGUGUGCAGAAGGGCGGGAAAGAUCGCUCUCUGAAUACAAAGAAAAGUUGGAGAAGCAUGGUUUUACUGACAUUAAAUCGAAAGUGGUUGAAAAUGCUUUAUGGUAUGAUGCUAUUAUUUGUAAAAAGAAAUGAGUAUGACAAAAUUAAGUGACAGCUUUUAUAGCGAUGAUACUACACCCACGGACCUGGAGAAGUCAGAUCCAUUUGCUAGUGGCCUGCAUAUUGCACAAACAACUGAUAAUGUUUGUGAUUUUUUGUAAUACAGAUGUUUGAUUUAUGUAUUCUCAAUGAAAUAAAGAAAGAAAUUCAAAUCUCAUUUUUCUUUCCUGAAAUUGACCGGUAUAAAGAAAAAAUACGCCAUCACAUGAUCAUAACAUACACAAUGUUCAAAAUAUACUUCAUGAUCGGUUGAAUUAAUCAAAAUGUCAUCAGAUGAUAUGAACAUGAGUCAUCGGAUGAUGAAAUCUCAUGUUAGCA